CUGGGACGAUGUAUCAAAAUACAGGUACCGGCAAUGGUCAUUUUGAAUGAAAUCUGUUUGGUGUUUAUUUCAGCUGAAGCAAUACUGUACAAUCAUCACUGCUACAAAUUUAUCAGUGUUCCUACAACGUGGAACAACGCGAAGGCAAUGUGUGAGAGUUUCUCUUCACAGUUACUUACGAUAAACACUGAAGAAGAGCUAGCUUAUCUCACUACCAUCGCAUCAACUUUCAAUCCAUUCCUAUCACCAUGGACAGGGAUGAAUGACAUUGCAGAGGAAGGACAUCCAGUAUGGCUGACAAAGGCACAACCACUUUACAACGAUUUUACUGAUAAUGACGAUCCAGAAAAUAGAGAUUGCUUUUACAUUGACACGGAUGGUGAAAUGGGUUACAGAAGUUGCGAUGACGAGUUUGGAUACGUGUGCGAAGCUUCGAGUAUUAUCUAUCAAAGCUUUUACAUAUCUGAAAGACACAAAUCACCGGCAGCCGAACACGUAGUAAGGAGACUAUUGGCAGUGAGUUCUGGCGCAUGCUCACUGGAAUGCAGUAGACUAGAAUUGUGUGCUUCAUUUUCGUUUAUCAGUUCUUCGAACGAGUGUAUAUUGAGUACAAGUACAGGUCAAAGUUCAGAACUGGAUUAUGUAGAAGAUGCUGACUUUUAUGUUGUUACAUCAACUGAAGAGAUAUGCAGACCAUUUACAUGAACUAGAAUAUCGCUUUAAGUCGCUGCUGUUGAAACUCUUCGUUUUAAUAUUUCGAACAUUUGACACAUAACUUUUGUAAAGUUAUCAAAACGUCUAUAAAUGAAUAAAUAACUUUAUUUGUCAUUCCUGACCGUCCUACGUUCUCUACAAAACGUACGCUACAUUCAGAAACUCGGAGAUGAGUUUUAGUCAAAUUGCGUUAAUGGCUAAUAGUGACGUCAUUAAUUACUACGUCCUACCGCUUCGUGCCAUCGAAGCUCGAAAAACACGGUCAAAAUUAUGUCUGAGAGCGCCAUUUCCGGGCGUAUGAGAUGCAAAAGCCAAAAUAUUUCGUACCUCAGCUCCAAACCAUGUUGAGGGUGAGUUUAGAGUUUGUCUGGACAAUCAAUUUGCAAAAGGUCUGUCAUAUGCGCAACCUCCAUUUUAAAUAACUGAAACACACACUGAGAAGAAUCCGGUUCUUUUUUGGUCCUAACAAUGUACUAUGACGAUAAAGAUCAACGAUAAAAAGCUAAAAUGCAAUUUUGCAUAUAGAAAAUAAAAGAAAUAAGAAAAGUCUUCACACUAGAAGGAUUCGACAAAUCCUUUUUUGGUCCUAACAAAUAUACUAUGACGAUAACGAUCAACGAUAAAAAGCUAAAAUGCAAUUUUGCAUAUAGAAAAUAAAAGAAAUAAGAAAAGUCUUCACACUAGAAGGAUUCGACAAAUCCUUUUUUGGUCCUAACAAAUGUACUAUGACGAUAACGAUCAACGAUAAAAAGCUAAAAUGCAAUUUUGCAUA